UGGUGAGAGCACAGCAGUGCUGCCUGUCUCUUCCAGUGGCUGAGAAGACCAAGGAGCAGGCGUCCCAGCUGGGAGGCGCUGUCAUGUCAGGGGCAGGGAACAUCGCGGCGGCCACGGGCCUGGUGAAGAAGGAGGAGUUCCCCACGGACCUGAAGCCCGAGGAGGUCGGGCAGGAGGCAGGGGAGGAACCGCUGUCAGAGCCUCUGCUGGAGCCAGAGGGUGAGGCCUACGAGGAGCCCCCCCAGGUAUGUCCAGGGGGAAAGGGGAGCCCAGGGGCCCAGUCUGCCUGGCUCACAGCCCCAGCCACCAGGACCCAGCUCUCUCUGGCCGUGCCUGCCCCACCACCUCCACCAGCAGCACAAUGA